AUGUGCCCCAGCAGCCUGAGUUACUGUAUCCUGAAAACCCUGUCAAUGACCCAUUUGUGCCUGUGGGUCACAUGGCUCCUCUUCAACUGGCAGCCUUUGUGGCUACCAGUCCAGGCGACUCAGCCUCUGGAGAGGGCCCAGGACCUGGUCCAGCUGACCUCCAGCCUCCCUUGGCUCUCUGAGCCCUGGUCUUCCCACUCCUCGAAUGCCCCACCUGAAUCACCUGACGCGCUCACACUCCCGGCAGACCCCGGCAGCUUUGAUGACCUACGGUCUUCUGCUCCCUCUCAGAUGCUGGCCUCACCUCAAGAGUCCACUGUGAGUUUUGUUCCUUUUCUGGACAUGGAUUCAGCUCAAGGGCUGCCCCCAGAGUCAGAACAGCUUGCUGAUCCGUACCAGUAUUUCAAUAGGUUUCCUCGACAACAAAGGCUACCAGAGGCCAUUCCCGUGCUAGACAGGGAUCAGGAUCAGCCCCUAGUUCUGCCUCCUCGACUGGAAGGAAAGGUUCACCAGUCAUUUGAAGCACUCGUUCUGCCUCUAGACAGUCAGAGUUCACAAGGAAACAAGUUGAUUGUUUCACCCCUGAUCCCCAAGAAAGAUCUAGCUCGGCUUAGACGACUUCCUAAGGUUGGUGUAGGAACUCCAGACAAAGCGGCCAAGCUUCAGGGUCAAAAUCAAGUUUUGCCGGCUGACAAUGUGGUCUAUCCUGGUGGUUUUCCUACGGAAUCCCAGGAGAACCCAGGGGAACCUGCACAGCCUUCUGAGCAGGCUGAACCAUCUCAAUUCCUGCUGGAGGGCCAGACUCCAAAUCCAGAGACUCAGGAGCCCAUCCAAUCCUCCUCCCCACAGCAAGAAGAACAAGCUCCGCCUCCACAGCCCAUUGAAACCGAUGAGCCUGCUUCAACCCCGCAAGAGGUCCCAGUACCAAAACUACAGCAGCCCGAGGAAGAAGCAUCUCCAUGGCAGCAGGAGGCCCCAGCUCAGAAUCCAUUUGCUACUGCAGAAGUAGUAGGUCAGGCAUCAGUGCAUCACCAUCUUCACACUCCAUCCUCACCUCAGGUUGUAGCUCUCCAAGCAAACUUCCCCAGCGUCACACUGAAACCUGCAGACACGGAGCUGACAGAAGCCUCAGAGGCUGGUGAGGAAGUUCAAUCUACUCCAAGCACGGAGCAGGCUCCAGCGCAGCCUCUGGAGCAUCCUGAGGAAGUGGGACUCCCCUCAACCCAACAACAGGCCCCAGUGCAGACUCCAGAAUUCCCUGGGAAGGUGGAAUCUUGGACUCAAGAGGGUCUAGCUCAGACUUCAGAGCUCCCUGAGGAGACUGGGCCUUUCUCUACCCAAAACAAUGCCACAGCUCAGCCUUCAGAGUAUGCUGAGGAAGUCAGCCCAUCUGUAGCCCAGCAGGGGGCCCCAGCUCAGACUCCCGGCCUGCCUGUGAACACUGAAUAUUCCCCCAGCAAUCAGGAGCAGCCUGUUCAGCCUUCUGAGUCUCCUGAGAUUGAACCUCCUAGAAGCCAACUGGAGGCCCUGGAGAAGCCUUUGGCACUCCCUGUGGAAGUCAAAUCUCCAGUACAGCAAGAUCCCCGAGCUCAAAUGCUAGAAACUCCUGAGGAGAACAUCAUAGCUCAGACAACACAGAUUCAGAAGGGGACUGACUGGUCUCUAGAUCAGAAUCAAGUUCACCGUUAUAACUUGCCCAACAUUACCAUCAAGCCUGCAGAUGUGGCACUGACCAUAACUCCGGAGCCCACCAUGGAGCAGGACUCUUCUCCAGUGCAGCAGGAGGGCUCUGCUCAGACUCCAGGCCCUCCUGUGGAGACAGAACCUUCUAGUGAACAGGAGCAGCCCGCUCAGUAUGUUGAGUCUUCGAUAGAGAAAAAACCCUCUCCAGCCCAGCAGGAGACCCCAUAUCAAACUCUGGGCCCUUUCCUGGAGACAGAAGCUUCUCCAGCCCAGCAGGAAACCCCAGAGCAGAUUCUGGUCCCUUCUGCAGAGACAGAACCUUCUCCAUUCCAGCAGGGACCCAGAGCUCACACCCCAGGCCCUUCCGUGGAGGCAGAACCUUCUCCCCGUGAACAGGAGCAGAUAGCUCAGUAUGCAGAGGCUCUGGUGGAGACUCAGCCUCCUCCAGGCCCUCCCGUGGAGACAGAGCCUUCUCUCAGAGAACAGGAGCAGAUUGCUCAGUAUGCGGAGGCUCUGGUGGAGACUCAAGCUCCUCCAGGCCAGCUAGAGGCCCUAGCUCUGACUCCAGUCCCACCUAUGGAGACCGAACCUUAUAUCAGUGAGCAGGAGCAACCAAUGCGGCCCUCUGAGUCUUCUGUCUUCUUUACAGAAGAUUCAACCUCUUCAGAAGUCCCAGCCCAGCAUCCAAGUCCUCACGCAGUGACCAUUUUACCUCCAGGUCACCAUCAAGUUCAGCAGUACGACUUGCCCAGUGUGACUACUAAACCUCCAGACCUGCAGCUGACCCUAACACCAAAACCUGCAGCAGAAAUGGAAACAUUUCCAGUCAGCCAUGAGGUCACAACAACUCAGGCCUCAGUCCCAGCUCUGCCUCCAAAGCCUCUUGAAGAGGUUGAACUACUGCUAAUUCAGUCUCAAGAAGUUAUUCAGGAUGAGAAACCCUAUUCGACCCAGCAGGAGGAAACAGCUGAAAAUGUACAGACCCCUGAGGAGGCCGGACCUUCUCCAAUCCAUCAGGAAGCCCAAGAUCAAGCCUCAGUGUUCCCUAUGGAGCCUGAGCCUUUGAAAGACCAGGAGGCAGACACAGCUCAGCAGCCAAAGCCCCCGGAAGAGGAUGAGCACUCCCCAGUUCCAGGGGUCCCAGCUCAGCCUGAAGAACUGAAGGAACCUUCACCAAGCCAGCAGGGGAUUUCUGUUCCACCUCUAGAGCGCCCCAUGAGUGCUUACCAAUUACCACUCCAACAGGGAGACACAAACCAGCCUUCAGUAAUCUUCCCAGAGAUUAGUGAUGCUAUUCCAAUGAAUAUGACAUUUUCACCUCAUAUUCUGGAAGAAAUACUCAGAACUCAGCAUUUAAGGUUGUCUGAAACCACACCAAAACAUGUGGAUAUUGACCUUGCCAGAACCCUAAAGCCCACUCUAGAAGUUUACCCUUACCCCGGUCAGCAGGAAGGACCUGCCCAGCCUACAGUUCCCACCAAGCAAGUUGAAUUUUCUCCAACCCAGCUUAGGCCUCCUCUUGCCCAGCCUCCGGCACUGCCUGAAAAGAUGGAACCUUCUCCAGCUGAGUCUCCAGAGCCCCUCAAGAAUGCAAAACAUGCUCCAGUGCAAAAUGAAGCCCCAGCUGAGCCACAAGACUUCCCUAAUACUCAAUCAUCUGCAACCAAGCAGGAGCUUCAAACUCAGCAACCAAACCUGACCAAAGUCAUAAUUCAACCUUUGGACAUGGAGCUCACCAUAACUACACAACCUGGAAUGGAAGGGGGACUUUCUCCAAUCAUGCAGGAGGCCCCAGUUCAGCUUCCAUGGCCAUCUAAGGAGGGUAUAGCUCAAGCCCCAGGAUAUCAGGGGGUGGCAGUUACAACACCAGCUCAGGAUCAAGCUCAGUUUCCAAAAUCACCCCGCAUCACAUUUCAACCUUUUGAUCUGGCGCUUACAAUAACUCCACAGCCCAUUACAGAGGCUGAACUUGCCACAAAUGUGCAGGAGGCUCCACCUAAAGGAACUGUAGCUCAGCCACCAGUGCAUCAUGGGAUGACAGUUCCAACAUUAGGUCUGGAUCAAAAUCAACCUCCACUAUCACCCAGUGUCACAAAUCAACCUUUAGACCUGGCACUUACCAUUACUACAGAACCUACUACAGAGGCUGAGCAUCCUACAGAACUGAGCAAGACUACAGCUCCAUCUCCAAACCUGACUCCAGUCACAACUCAACAUUUGGACCUGGGACUUACCAUAACUCUAGAAACCAGUAGUAUGGUGACUGAACCCUCUACAGACAAGCAGGAGACCUCAAGUCAACCUCCCAAGGAGGGUGUAACCCAAUCUCCAACACAUCAAGAGGUGACAGUUCCAACACUGGGUCAUAAUCAAGCUCAAUUUCCAACAUUGCCUACUAAUAUCACAGUUCAGCCUUUGGACACAACGCUUACCAUAAAUGCAAAGCAUACCAGGAAGGCUGAACAUUUUACAGCCCUGAAGAGGACUAAAGUACCUCCCGUGCACCAUGAGGAGGUACUUUCACAACCAGACCAGGUUCAGGUGCAGCAUCCAACCCUGACAGAAGUCACAGUUCAACCUUUUGAUGUAGAACUUACCCUAACUCCAGAAUCCAUUGUGGAGGGUGAACCACUUCCAACCACCCAGGAGACUUCAGGGCAGCCUCCAGGGCCACAAAAUGAAGCGGUCUAUCAGCCUCCAGUUUAUUAUGAGAUGGUAGUUCCAAAACCAAGUCAAGAUCAAAUUCCGCAUCCAAUGUCACCCAGUGCCACAGCUGAACCUUCAAAGCUAGAGCCAACCAUAACUCAGGUACCCACUACACAGGAUGGACAUUCUACAGCCUUGAAGCCUAUAUCUCCUCCUCCUUAUCCAAUGUACCCUGAGGUGACAUUUUCACCUCCAGUCCAGAUUCAGACUCAGCAUACAAACCUGCCUCCAGUCACAGUUAAGCCUCGGGACCUGGAAAUUACCCAAACUCCACAACGUACUACAGAGGUUAAACCUUCUACUACCACGCAAAUGACCCUAACUCCUUCUACAGAGCCACUAAAGGAGCUCGUACCUCAAACUCUGGUACCCACUACAAAAGCUGGCCACUCUCCAUCCCUGAAGAAGACUACAGAUCUACAUCCAAGCCAGGUUCAGACUCAGCACUCAACCCUAACUGAAGUCACAGAUAAGCCCCUGAAUGCGGCUGCCACCAUAAAUGUAUGUGAGCUCUGUUCCUGCAGAAAUGAGACACUUUCAUGCACUGGCCUCAGCCCAGUGCAGAAGCUUCACAAAGUUCCUGUACCAGAGCCCAACAGCUACAACGGCACCUUCAGCAUAUUAAAUUUCCAAGGAAACUCAAUUUCUUUCAUUGAUGAAAAUGUAUGGAAAGCAUACCAUUGGGCUGAGACACUAAAUCUUGGUUGCAAUUUACUGACAGAACUGAGCUUUGGGACAUUUCAGGCGUGGCAUGGAAUACUUUUUUUGCACAGUGUAAAUCUCAAUCGUAAUCCUCUGACAAAUGUUGAAGACUCAUAUCUUUUUAAACUGCCAGCAUUAAAAUAUCUAGACUUGGGAGCAACACAAGUAUCACUUACCACAGUUGAGAACAUCCUCAUGAUGACUCUUCAAUUGGAAAAACUGAUCUUACCUAGCCAUAUGGCCUGCUGCCUCUGCCAAUUUAAACAUACUAUCGAGGUUGUCUGCAAGACCAUCAAGCUUCAUUGUGACAAUGAAUGCCUGGCAAAUACCACACAUUGCCUUGAAGAAGCAUCCAUAGGGAACCCAAAGGGGGCAUUCAUGAAGAUAUUGCAAGCCCGGAAGAACAACACCAGCAAGGAGCUGACUAUUGAGCCAGAGAACCCAGUAUCAGAGAGAAACAGCGUGGACUUCCCAGGUCGCAUGAGUGAACAGCCGGCCCCGUCACAGAACAGCCUGGCAACCACGCCAAGUGUGGGGUACAGGCUGCAGAGAGUGAACAAAGUCAUCAAGGGGCCAAAGGGCUUAUGGAAAAGGCACCACCAGGAGAUGAGGAAGAAGAGACUCGGGAGGAGACAGGGCACCUGGCCCUUUGCGGAGAGCAUCGGGGGAAGAAGGCUUGGGAGAGCAGGCUCCAGGGAGCUGAAGGAGCUUCAAGUGGCUCAGAGGCCCAGGGAGUUGGUCGGAAACUCCUUGCACACAGAGCCCUUGCUCACAAAGGAACAUGGGGCUGCAGCCUCCUCUUUGCUGAAGAAACACAUCCUGGGCAGGUCUUUUACAGAUUCUGCUGGGACCGAGUUCAACCUAAUGCCGACUGUGGACCAAACCAAGGAAACACAGUGGGAAUACCCCAGCGAGGGCACUGAAGCCCCCACCAUGCCCGCAGGCUUCACCUACCCCGUGAUGCUGUCCCAGGGGGAACAGUUGGAAAUUCAGCUGAAUCAGCAGCUACAGCCCCUCAUCCCCAACACUGACGUGAGAAGGCUCAUUUCUCACAUCAUCCGCACUCUGAAAAUGGACUGCUCUGAGGCCCAGGUGCAACUGCCCUGUGCCAAGCUCAUCUCCAAAACAGGCAUCCUGAUGAAGCUCCUCAGUGAGCAGCAGGAAGAAAAGAUAGCCAAGGAAGAAUGGGAUACAGAGCAGUGGAGGACUGAGACCUAUAUCAAUGAGAGUACAGAAGCCCCGAGUGGACAGAAAGAGCAGGAGUCGAGUAAGCUCGCAAAAGGAGCUCAAGAUCACGGCUGUCACAACAAGCUCAUCGUGGCAAUACCUGUGACGGCAGAGCUCACGAUGCUGGUUAUCAUCCUCUGUCUCAUUAAGGUAAGGACGACUCAUUCAGAUUUCCAGAGUGCAUCCUUCCUUUGUAAUAUAUUCGGAAUCCACAGACUGAGCAUCAAAGCCACUUUCCAUGUACCACGAGCUGACCUUCCCCUUUAG